GUAACCCACUUGGCGGGCAUUCAUUCACUUGAAGUGCUAAAAGUCUGUGUACACGCUGAGAAAAAGAUGAGCACAAUUCGUAUGGCGUUGAAGAUUCCCAUAACAAUUGCCACGCUUAUCAUGUUGGUAUCGCCGCUGUUUGGCGAUUUGCGCACACAGGUCUACAUUAAAUUAUUCAUAUUUUCAAUACAAACAAUAUGCUUUCUAUAUUUAUGCUCGAUUUCACCACCAAAUGGUUUUGCUGGAACUCGGCCGAAGCUAUAUACUUACUACGAGCUAAUAUUUAUUAUAUCAUCAACUAGUCUACUGAUGACACUAGUAUGUGUGGCCUUGAGCAGAGUGAAAAGGACAAUCGCACCAACGCAUCGAUUCUACCUUGCAGCGAAAUUGGUUAAUCGCUUGCUGUGUUGUAUCGAGCCGGACCAAGCAACAACGUAUCAAAGAUAUAUUGAAGACACCAAUGGUCAAAGAACUUCGAGCGAGGUGAAGAAGCGCAGAAUUCUCGUUUCCUUUUCUUUUUAA